GUCAACUUUUUCCGCAUAAGUCGCUGACGGCAGUUCAGCGUUGACCGUCUGACAAGGUUUUUUUUUUUUUAGUUUUGUGGGACUUGACAUGAAUUGCUUUGAAUGCAAGUUACAUGCACGAACCAGCUUCCAGUGCAGGCUGUGCACCCGAAUUCCGGACCAUCCCCGGCGAGAGUGCUUUCCGUGCCGUCUGUAUUAUUGCUUUUAUGCACCGCUUAAACCCGUCCACCUCUCGGCUGGUCCAUCUCACUCAGUGAUCUCAGCUCAGUCCUGCCCCUAUCGGGAAGCUGAUCAUCAGGGGACAUAAUCUCCCUCGGGAGCUUUAUACUGUAAAUAUAUAAUUGUAUACCCUCAGGUGGCAGAAUUUGGGGAUCGUGUAAAAUGUGCGAUUUGCGUCCGGUGUGCUGUAGGAACAGGGGGUGUAAGGAAACCCUUGGCAUGGAGGACGCAGAGGCGCACAUGCGGGAAAGCUGCGCCUACAGGGCGGUCGGCAUGUGCCAGCAGGGAUGCGGCUCUCUUCUGCUCCACCAAGACCUGGUCCGGGGCCACUGCUGCUUAUCCACCCUCCGCGCCCAGAACGCCGUGCUGAGGGCGAAGCUCGCUCAUCUGGACCUGGAGGCCAAGGAGCAGAAGGUCCGCUGGGACGACAGGGAGCGGGACCUGCUGACGCAGGUGCGCGGGAUGCGCAGGGAAGCCCGGCUCGCGGCGCUCCGGUACCGGCACCAGCUGCACCAGUACAUGGUCCUCAUCAGGAAGGUGACCCAACAAGUUCUUGGGCGUGUCAAGGGUGGAGAUGAGGCUCAUGUGAGUGUGAGUCUCCCCAGGAAUAAAGACUCCUUGGCAAUUAAUGACAUGAGUACAAUGUCCUGUCAGAAAAACGUGGGACCUGAGGUCUCCAGCAGAGCUCUGCAGGUACAGUGCCUUGUGUCGCAUGAGAAGUCAGCUGGCAGCAACACCUUUGCCUGUCAGCCAGCGGAGGGCGACCUGGAGCAGCUGGGCCAGAGGACGGGCCGGAAAUCAUCACUUUGA